AUGGGCGCCAAAUCCAUCAUCAGCUACGGGUUUCUCGUCCUGCCCGUCGCAAUCACCAUUGGUAUAUUGCUGGGGCUCCAGGCCUGGCGAGAGUCCCAUGGCCUGUCGCGACCUUUCGUGAGCAAUGCCGUCAAGACGAACACGUAUUGUCAGCGGGCAUUCGGUAUCACGCCUACCACAGAUGGACAAGAUUACACACUGAAUCCAAAUCAAUGGGGUAUUACUGCCGACUACACUGGCGGUGGUGCUCUGUGCAUGAAUAUCACCACAUUCGACAACGCCACCUACCCGACCAACACCACAGCACCGGCAUGGUCAAUCACCUGGCAAUUUCCGCCUGGUCCGGAAACGCAGCCCGUUCAUGCUUUCCCCAAUAUCAAGUUGGAUGCCGAUAAAGUCUUUCCCAUUCGGAUUCAAGACGUCGCACGCAUUGAUUUUGAAGCCGAGUGGGCGUAUGGAGUUGGUGACGAGAAGCCAUCCACGACCAAUGUCGCCGACCUGACAGCCAUCGACCUGAACUCAAACGUGGCCAUUGAUAUGUUCUUGGAUUCCGACCCCAACAAUGCCACCAGUACGGUGGAUGCCAAAUACGAAGUCAUGAUCUGGCUGGGCGAUUUUGGCGCUGCGACACAGCCCAUUGGGUUGAAGCAGGGCGCGCUCACUACGCAAGAUGUCAAUGGCACCACUUUUUCGCUCUACUUUGGAGAGAACGGUUUGGGUCAAAGUGUCUUGACUUGGGUUGCAAGUGGUACCGUUCAGAACUUUGUCGCCGACGUAGGACCGCUGCUCCAAGGCCUAACAGGCCUGGGGGGUCCUACCGUGGGCGAUUACCUUGGAUACAUGGCAUUCGGAUCGGAAGCCCUCAGUUCUUCAUCGAACGUCACUUUCUAUAACCCUAGCCUGAGCAUGGCGGUGGUUCCCAAAUGA